GAUGCUGAAGCAGCAAGUGCUGCAGGAAGGUCGGGGACUAAUUUAAGGAGCCAAGAGAGGAAGUACAGCUGCUCGUCCAUCGAGCUGGAUCUGGACCGGUCCUGUGGGCACAGGUUUUUAGGGCGGUCUCUCAAGCAGAAGCUGCAGGAUGCUGUGGGUCAGUGCUUUCCCAUAAAGAACUGCAGCAGCCGGCACGGCUCUGCACUGCCAUCCAAAAGGAAAAUCCAUAUCAGUGAGCUGAUGCUGGAUAAGUGUCCUUUCCCCCCGCGCUCAGAGCUGGCUUUCCGCUGGCACCUGAUCAAAAGGCACACGGCCCCUAUAAGUCCAAAGGCAGAAGAAUGGAUAAUUGCUGAUUUAUCCCAGCACGAGGAAAGGGAGGAUCAGUUGAGAGAUGAGGAGAUUGCCAAUGGGGGAAUGGACUCUCCCUCGCAGUCCUGUGACUUCACUGACAGCAGCUCCUCUCGGGGUGACCCGAGGCCUGAGCUGAUGACAGGUAAGGUGGCAAGGAGCAGUAGGGAUGAGAGUGACAUGGACUCUGAUGAUGAAGUCAUAACUCUGUGCACAAGCUCUCGAAAACGAAACAAGCCCAAGUGGGAAACGGACGACGAGCUGCUACGGAUGGAAACGCCCCCGAAAUACCACACCCAGAUUGAUUAUGUCCACUGCCUAGUGCCAGACCUCCUCCAGAUCAAUAACAACCCCUGCUACUGGGGAGUCAUGGAUAAAUAUGCAGCUGAGGCGCUGCUGGAGGGAAAGCCAGAGGGAACGUUUCUGUUGCGAGACUCUGCCCAGGAGGACUAUUUGUUUUCCGUGAGCUUCAGGCGCUACAGUCGCUCCCUCCACGCCCGGAUAGAGCAGUGGAAUCACAACUUCAGCUUUGAUGCCCACGAUCCCUGUGUCUUCCAUUCUCCUGACAUCACAGGACUCCUAGAACACUACAAAGAUCCAAGUUCCUGUAUGUUCUUUGAACCACUUUUAUCCACCCCCCUGAACAGGACCUUUCCCUUCUCUCUCCAGCAUAUAUGUAGAACGGUCAUUUGCAACUGUACAACUUAUGAUGGUAUUGAUGCACUUCCCAUUCCUCCCUCGGUGAAGCUGUAUCUGAAGGAAUAUCACUAUAAGUCAAAAGUUAGAGUGCUCAGGAUUGAUGUACCAGAGCAGCAAAGCUAGAAAAUAUUUUUGUGAAAGAAAUUUUCCCCAAACAGACAAUAUUAUGUUCAAUCUCUUUUCCUUCUAGGUUUUUUUUUAAAUAGCGACUUGAUUAUUCUUUCUUUUUCUGCGUAUUAUUUACCACCCAAACUAGUCUCUGUUUAAAUGUACUUUUGACUCUUCACAGCUCUCUUUUUUUAGGAAUUAUAUUUGUUGUGGGCUUUUGGUACUGUCUCUAGGCUAGAGUUUUAUAGAAUUCCAGGUAGGCUUUCUGGUAUUUCUAUAGAUGGAUAGUCGUUAGAUCUAAAACCCCCUGAAAAUCAGUUUUGAACUUGAUCUGUCUUUUCUAUUGUAGUUGACACGUGU